AGAUGUGGACUUAACUGAUGUUAUGAAAUGCAAAAUCCAUCCACACAAGAGGAGAAGAGCCCUCUGUAAAGGAACUGGAGACAACCUGCUGCACUCUGAUCCCCCGCGAGACCAGCGGCCCUGAGGCCUGGCAGCAGGAACGGAGGGGAUCUUCAUGACAAAAUGACAGCGAGGGAGCACAGCCCCCGCCACGGCGCCAAAUCCCGCACGGUGCAACGGGCCUCCACCAUCGACAUCGCCUCGGACAUGCUGGGCCUCUCCUUGGCAGGAAACAUUCAGGAUCCAGAUGAGCCGAUUUUAGAGUUCAGUUUAGCUUGCAGUGAGCUGCUAACUCCGUCGCUAGAUCGAAAACCAAAUAGUUUUGUAGCAGUGAGUGUAACUACACCUCCUCAGGCGUUCUGGACAAAGCAUGCACAGACAGAAAUUAUUGAGGGAACAAGCAAUCCUAUAUUUCUGAGCAGCAUUGCCUUUUUCCAAGACUCUCUUAUCAAUCAAAUGACGCAAAUCAAGCUCUCCGUGUAUGACGUGAAGGACAGAUCUCAGGGAACAGUGAGUAUUUUGCCUUCUGUUGCCUCCCCAGGCAUUGUGGCUUUUGGCCCCAAUGCUGAUUGUGGCCCCAAGCGCCUGCUUGCUCAUGAAGACUCAG